ACAAAAUUGAUGAAUUAACGUCCUAAGCCGAAACGAGGACGUUUCUUUUUUUAACAAGGGGGGUAGUUAAUGCAACCCAAACCCACUAAAAUAAACCCCUAUCCCAUUCAUCUCUAGUAGACACAUAUGUGAUGUAAGUCGACACCACAUUCAUCCAUAAGAUCAAGCCAACCGCCUAUCAAAACAAAUAGAAUUAACGUAAACAAAGAAUAUUAAAAUCAACAAUAGCCAAUUUGCAAAGUCAUCAUAAAAUCUAUUGGAAUACAAUUACAAGAUGAACUUAAUCACGCAACAAGAAAUGCCACAGCCAUCCUUUUGGCACGAUCAGCAUUAUAAUACUAUAAGAACUAAAAUUAAGAGAUAAAUAGGGCAGUUAUGAGUUAUAAGUUAUAAGCGAGAGUUAUGAGUUACUUUAAAAAAACCAAUAAAGAAAAUAAAAAAUUAAUUUGUACUUAUAUUUGAAUAUUUUUCGAAGUAAGAAUUUUUGUUUAUUGGAACUUUUUGUAUGUUUAUGUUUCAAUUAAAAAUAAAUUUAGCACCGUUUAUGUAUGAGGUAAUUUCGCUUUUAUUUUUUUUAUUUUUUUUAUUUUUUUUGAUAAAAUACAUAUUUAAAAUUUAAUAGUUUAGUAUUACUCAACGUAGGGUAUAUAGAAAGUGUUAUUCUAUGCCGUACGUAAGCAUAAGUUGCGCUACUAUAUUUUGCUAUAGAAGGAGAGCGCGAAACGGAAUUGGUAACCUGCAGGUAUUUUUUUUUUGUUUUAUGCUCCUAUGUAUUUAUUUUGAGGUUUGUAAAUUGGUUUUGGUAUGAAUAUUAUUGUUGUAAAACGACAUGCGUGAUUAAUUUAUUUCAUCUCUUUUCGUGUUAUGUUUUUUCUAUUUGCUUAGAUUUCCUUUUAAGACUCACUCCUGCCUGCUUAAUUAAGCACAAGGGGUAUGGUCAAAAAGUAUUACAAAUAAAUACUUGAAUCUGUAUUAAUCUUUAUGUAUUUUAAAUAUGUAAAUGUGUUUUAAAACACAUAGGUAAAUACAGAAGGCAAAAAUCGCAAAAUAAAGCCGUAACUUAAAACAGUUUGAAUAUUAAUUUUUGUUUAAGCCGUUUUGUUUUUUCUUUUUUAAUUAAUUAUCACAGUUUUUGUGCUAAAAAACUGCAAACUUUAACAUACAAGUACAUAAAUGCAUUAUGAAAUAAAUGAAAACCAAACGAUACAACUCACUUUAUCCUUCAUGAAGAGUUUUUGAGGGGAUAAUAUACUAAUGUGCGAGUGUUUCUGCGGGUAUUCGGGCCUUUGACGCUAAUUUCUUAUCCUUCGCUUCCAGUUGACUGUCCCUGGUUUUAGUGUGUUUAUUUUUUACUUAUUCUAGAUUGGCUUAAUUUCGCGCCCGUUUAAUUUGUUGUUAUUUCUGUUUUAUGUUUGGUUUUCACGCCCGGUUGAUGGUUUCGAUUUUUUUAACCGUUUGUAUUUUCUGUUUUUGGCACGAAAUUUAAAUAUUUUCCUUGCAAAAUAUGUUUUUAUUUUUCUGCACUCUUUAUUAUAUGUAUGUGUUUUAUAUGUACAUAUGUUGUAUGUGUAUGCACAUAUUUUGACUACACUUUAAUUAAUAUCAGCACAAUAGGUUCUUUUGGUUAGAUUAUUUUUUGUUUCUUUUUUUCUAUUCGGAUGCGGAGCUGCCGCUGCAUCCUGUGUCAAAGGGACGUAAGAGCCAGCAAACAGCCGACGCACCAAGUAACGAGUGCGAAUUACUGAAAGCAAUGCAAAAAAAAGCAAACUACAACAAAGCAAGUGCACUUUCAGUUUUGGCUCUCCCUUUUCACUUCAUAUUAUAUUGAUUUAUUAUAUUGUAUUGUAUUUGGCUUACAUACAUAUAUAUCUAUAUUAAUACAUAAUUCUACAUAUACGUAUGUACGAAUUCAAAGUGAAUAAGGGAUUUGGGAUUUUGCGGUAGUUCUUUAUUUUGAAAUAAAGGUUCAUUGGUCGCCGAGGAAUGCCCCAGAAGAUGUUCAGCGACAACGCAACCAACUUCGUCGGCGCCGAUCGCAAGCUGCGCGAGCUGAAAGAGGCGUUUCUGGCCCAGGCAACGGAACUGAAGGGAUUCGCCGCCGACGAAGGAUUCAGCUUCACCUUUAUACCACCGCGGGCGCCACACUUCGGCGGAUUAUGGGAGGCCGCGGUGAAGUCCGCCAAACAUCUUAUCGUUCGCACAAUCGACAACGUGCUCCUCACAGCAGAGGAGCUAUCAACACUGUUGGCCGAAGCGGAAGCAAUCCUCAAUUCUUGGCCCCUAACACCUCUGAACCAGGACCCCAACGACGGCGAAGCGUUAACUCCAGCGCAUCUCUUAAUAGGGUGCUCCCUGCGAUCACUUCCACCAGCGCAGGUAGCAAUGGACCCAAUUCAUUGCUGCGAGAGAUGGCAACUUGUUUGCUGUCUCAAGCAACAGUUUUGGCGACAGUGGUCCAAAACAUACCUGACGGGACUUCAGGAACGCAACAACACGCUGCACCCCAUUCGCAAUCUGCAGCUCAACGACCUCGUCCUCGUCCACGAGGACAACGUGCCCCCACAGCAGUGGGUACUCGGACGCGUCGUCGCAACCGUCGAAGGGCAAGACGGCAAGGUGCGAGUCGCAGACGUGGCGAAUAAGGCGGCCACAAUUAAGCGCCCCAUACAUAAACUGGCAUUACUGCCCAUGAAUAUUGAAGGAUCCAGAUCCUGUCAAGGCGGCCGGUGUUGCGCCAGGCGACAUCUUUGUAAAUCUAAGACUAAAUUUAAGAAAAAUUAAUUAUAAAAAUUAUAAAAUAUUGAAUUAUAUUAUUAUUGUAUACUUACCUUAAUAAUACAUUUGUAAUACUAAAACAUUACUCACCUUACUUACCUCCACGUAAUAUUUUACAAUAUUUAACGAAAGUUGAAAAUUACUAUACUUACUCCUUUUUUUAUGCAUAUGAACAUUACCACUAGUUUAAGCCGUUAGUUUUAAGAUUUAUGCUAAACAACUAAAUGAAAUUAAAUAAAUGCGCUAUUGUAAUUGAGCCGUGGAAACGACCGGACGCGUCUUAAUUUUUUAUCGCAAUUUUCGUGACAGGCAAUUAGGCUUAUUGAUUUUAUUCGUGCAUUCCCAAGUUUUAUUAUCGCUUCUCAAAAACGCUUGAGAUUUUUCACAG